GAGCAAUACCCAAGGACAGGAAGGAUAGCUUAGUGAAGCGUUGUGCGGGUACGUUCAUCAAAGGUUCAGCGGGUUUGUGGAGCGGCCCUGCUUUGAUUAACCGAACUUGUUAAGCUUGUGAACCUCUGAUCCUUGCAAAACAACAUGUCCUUGAGGAGGAAUGCUGAAUCGACCCAUGAAGAUAUCCCCCUGCGGGCUACAGAAACCCAUAUAAGCUUCUUCCAAAAGGGCCGUGAAUUCGAAAGUCGCUAUGUAAAUCAUCAUUACACGGAGGAGGAGAGAGAACAGCUUGGAAAAUUUGAGAGUGUGGACUAUCUGCCACCUCACAGUACUGUUUACAAGGUAUUGUAGACUAUCUAUAAAGUAAAUAUGGCUGCACCUACGGACCUAAGGUCCUGGAUAACUUGCAAUUAAUUUAGCUGACUAGAGGCUUUAACCCAGGAGUGUCUCUCUGAUGCUUAAAUUUGAAAUAAUUUCCGGCUGGUGGGCUGCUAUUUCUUUACUGUGCCUACCCAGCAACUUUUUCUCGUGAAUUGUUACCAGUGUACCAUUGAGAAACAGGAACCAUUCUUUUAGAAACAAUAUAUUUGAGGGGGAGGGGUAAUGAAGGGAGAAGAUAUAUAGUUAACAAGAAGCCGCAAAUGCUCAAAUUGGCGGCUCCUUCAAAUAAGUGCCCUGUUUGAAGUAGUGUCCCUACAGGGCGGCAAGGCGGGGGGAGGGGGGUACCUAUCACGUGCAUCAUGGAAAAAUAAUUAGCAAUUAAUGAAUGAGGCUGAGUAGGAUAUGAAGAAUUAAGCAGAUCGAGGGUGUUAUCGACCAAGGCCGAAGGCCGAGGUGGAUAACACCCUCCGAGAUCUGCUUAAUUCUUUAUAUCUUAUGAAAGCAGAAUUCAUUAAUUGCUUUAUUAUUCAUUCAAAAUAAUUCUUACUUUAAAAACAUUGCUAGUACAUGCUUACCUGCAUCGAUGUUAAGUUCAUCUUCGAUAGUGUACGUGCAGGUUUGUCCAUCUCCACAAAUAUUUUCCAAGUAGCAGGUGUCGCACUCCGAGUUGUCUUUUUGCUGUUUUUGCUAUGUUUUUAGCUAUCAUUUUGCCUAGUUCCAGCUGUAGUUCUUAUGGUGGCCCACAACUGUCACAGCAAAACCAAAAACCUCACGGCAAAAACAAAAAUAUUACGGCAAAACCAAAAACCUCACGGCAAAAACAAAAUACCUCACGGCAAAACCAAAAACCUCACGGCAAAAACAAAAUACCUCACAGCAAAACCAAAAACCUCACGGCAAAACCAAAUACUUCACAGCGAAAGCAAAAUAGCUUUGGUUUUGCAGUGGGUAUUUGCUUUUGCCGUAAGGUAUUGGUUUUUGCUGUGAAGUAUUUGGUUUUGCCGUGAGGUCUUUGGUUUUGCCGUGAGGUUUUUGGUUUUGUCGUGAGGUAUUUUGUUUUUGCUGUGAGGUUUUUGGUUUUGCUGUGAGGUUUUUGUUUUUGACGUGAGGUUUUCGGUUUUGCCUUGAUCAUGAGGUAUUUUGUUUUUGCCAUGAGGUUUUUGGUUUUGCUGUGAGGUAUUUUGUUUUUUCCGUGAGGUUUUUAGUUUUGCUGUGAGGUAUUUUGUUUUUGUUGUGAGGUUUUUGGUUUUGUUGUGAUAGUUGUGGGCCACCGUAAGUUCUUACUCUUGAAACGAGUGAAGUGUCCGCCAUUUUUUUGCCACAACCAAAACAACUCAACCUCGUCCCCAGGUCUUCUCGGUUAACAGUGCAUUAACCUGUAGUGGGCUGCAUUUUUGACGUCGUUUCCUCGUUAAACACAGAAUUCUUCCAAAUUUGGUCAUCAGUAACUAGUUAUGGUGAAUUAUGCGCGUGCUUUUAGCCAAUCAGAAUUGGGGAAAUAUUUUGAAUAAAUAAUAAAAUAAAUUUUUAUUAUUGAUUCAAAAUAUUUCCCCGUUUCUGAUUGGUUUAAACCACAUGCAUAAUUCACCAUAUUGAACUGAUGAUGUCAAAAUGAUGUCAAAAGUGCAGCCAGUUGUAGGUUAUUGAACUAACUGUUGACUAAGAAAACCUGGAGAUGACGUGGAGUUGUUUCGGUUGUUUGAACAAAAUGGUGGAACUGUCAUGUCUUUACACGCGCAUGGUCAUUUGCAUGUCUUGCGCAUUUUGCUCAAUAGACCAAGAAAAAAGAGAGACUCCUCGAGUCUAGUCUUUCGUAGGAUAUGAAGAAUUUUGCAAAUCUCAGAGGGUGUUAUCCAUGAAGGCUGAAAAUUCCCCCCUUGAUCUGAAGAAUUCUCCAUAUCCUACAAAAGCCGAAUUCAAUAAUUGCUAAAUAUUAAGUUCAUUAACAAGUAUCCUAUUAUCAUUAAUUUUGAUCUAAGUAAAUCAGAGAUUUUUCCGGGUGUCUAAUCUUUCUCCUUACAUGGCAUGUGUAUAAAGUUCAUUUAAAUCCUCAACAGAUAUUCUCAGAAAAGUUUCUGUUUCUUUAUCUCAAAUGUUAUUUCUGUUCCUGAGAUGCACUUGCAAGUCAUUUUUCAAAGUGUUGUUGCAGAAAGUUUAAAAUAACAUGAUCAACCAUGGCUGAAAAAGUAAAAAUCGUAAAUGACUCCAUGGUAUGUUUAGCCAUGCAUGAGUUGUUAAAAAAAGGUUAAAGAAUUCUGAUUUAUUGGAUAAAUUUAGUCUUUGAAAACUAUACUUUGUCCUUGAAAAAUCCUUGAAUAGUCCUUGAAAUUUGUUUGUCUAAAGUUUUAUGAAUCUAAAAUGUAUAUGUGACGUUACGCAUAACACAUAUUUAAUUUUAUACUAAAAGAUACCUUCUGAUUCCCCAUUUACUCUGACAGUUUCAUUCAUUUGAAGCAAAAACAAUGUAAUCGUGAAGCCAAAAUAUCAAAAUCAACUUUCUGUUUUUUCUUCCUUUAUUUUACCAUGGUUGUGUCACUACAAAAUUACAAAAUCAGUACUAAGCUAGGAGCUGCAGUUGUUACUAGCACAAUAUUAAAGCAUUAAACAUUUUAUUUAAGUAGCAUAAAAAAGUAUAAGAUGUAAUUCCACACAUUUACAACUUACAGUAACAUUUUUUGUUGAUGCUUCAUUUUAGAACUGGCUAGAACAGCAGCCAUCACGGCUGGACUGGGAUCGCUGGCUUAUGAUGGGAAUGAUUGGCUUCUCUGUUGGAGUCAUUGGGUUUCUGAUGCAUCAACUAAUUGAUGUCAUAUCAAAGUAAGAACAGAUUUUUUACACAAUUACAGUUUCCUUAAAUUUGUCUCAAUCUUAGCUUUCCUUCUCUGAACAAAUCACCUGUUUUUAUCAGCACAGUAGCUGUCCGGGGGGACUCCCAUAUAAAAGUGACUGGGAUGCUUUUUCGAAAAUUAAAACUAUGCCCCUCAGGGAGACAAAUGUGGGUGUGGCUCAAGCUUAUCCUGACUGCUAAAAAGCAGACCAUGCUAAAACAGACAUCUAAAUAAGAGCUGAGAAAAAGAGGAAAAUAAGAGAGAGAUUGUGGUCUUUUUUAAACUUUAGAUUUCUGUGUGGUCUGUGUCACAACACUUUUUGUAAAUUUCUUUUUGCACAACCCUAAGCAAUAUCCGAAUGGGAAAAUAUAGUGACCUUGUAUCCCAAACAGCCCAAUAAGUGAGACAAGUAUCUGCAAUUUACAUCCCUGAGUAAGAUGACACGCAUCCCUGUCACUUUUAUAUGGCUAGUCUCCUUAGUAUCUGGCACGGGAUCAGUUUCUCAAGUUUGUAUAAUCUAGGGAUGGAAAAAUCAUUACUGGCAGUUGUUUUUGCUCUUUACAUUUGAGGUCAAAUUAUUGAAGACACAGAAGUUUUAAAAGCUAAUAGAAUAGAACCAUUAAAAGCAAAACAAAAUGGAAAGGUUUGUGAGCUAGGACCUAACUAAUUUAAUUUAGGUCUUGAUUUAAGAAUAUGGAUUCAGCUCUGAAAAUUAUCAGGAAUAUUGAGAAGCAGGACCCAGAUCACUAUCAUCUUUCCGCGUAUUCUAUACCAUUUCAAGGCCGUGCUCUAAGAAAAACUGAAGGGAGCCCAUUGCUCUGAACCUGUGAAAUCCAAUGUGCGCAGCAUAUGAUUUUUCUAAAGAAGCUUAGCUUUUCCAGUCACCCAAGAGCAAUAGGAAGGCGCCAGGGCCCGCUCAGGGUGCUGCUAGAACAUGCUUACCCUGCAAUUUCCAAACAAUAUUGUUUUAUUCAGUUAGUGCGGCAAUUGUUGUACUAAAAACAUUUGUUCCUUUUUUAACAGGUUGAAGUGGGAUAAGUGUGGCAAUUGUUGUACUAAAAACAUUUGUUCCUUUUUUAACAGGUUGAAGUGGGAUAAGGCUUCUGAGUUUAUAAAGGUACUGUUAAGGGCUUGUUUACGUUUUUCUUCAUCAAUCACUGACAUCUUGAAGCUGUCCUUGGGAUGAGUAAAGAACACAUAGUAGGUUACCCUGAGGUGGUAUGUAGCAUUGAUUGGAGUGGUGGGGGAGGUUUGUUGGCAGGUGGAAUGUAGAGGCCCUGCCAGGGUAAAUUCCGAUAAGCGACAUGGCCCAAAAAGUAGCGACAGCAUGUAAAAUGAAAUCGCGACAAGAGACAACCUCCCUCCGCAAAAUUGCCACAGUGACGGCAAAGCCAACAAUAAGCGACAAGCAUUUAUAAACACCGCCAUGAGACGUUUUAAAAAUUCAGACGGGCGACAUGGGACCCCCCCCCCCCCCCCCCCCCCCCCCCGCCGCGCCAUAUAGGAAAAAAAAAAAAGAGCGCACACCACCAAAACACCCCACCAUAUCCCCACAUUUUACUUUAUUGUAUACAAAACCCAACACCCACCAACUAACAACACAAACCAUACAAAUUAAAAUAUGAAUGUGAUUUAAAUACAUAAAAAUUACUAAAUAACUAUUUAUAUUUAUUAUAAAUAAUAACAACAAUACGCAAAACACAAAAAAAGACAAAAACAUUUAAAAAACCCCCCCAGGUACUGUUAAAAAAUUCCCAGCGGGACAUUGGGCCCCCCCCCCCCCCCCGGCAGGGUCUCAAUGUAAUACUGAGAGAACAAAGGGUUCCACCAACUACAGAUGCUAUCCUUAAUAUCCAGCGAUUGUAAUAUUUAGUCACCAAUGCACACAACUGCCAUGUUAGACUCAAAGAUUUAAUAUAUGGAUCAGUGAUUUUACAUGAGCACAUGCAACACUAAUGUAUGCUAAAUUAUUCUAAUUAACAUAAUCAUGACAGUGAUUUUGUUACUUCUUUGUCCUGCAUCCCUGCUGCAUAAAAAUCCUUAAAGAUACAAAAUAAUUCAUGGUCAGUUGAUCAAUCUGAACAUGUGUUUUUUGUAGAAAUAUCUAAUUUGUGUCAUUUCUGUGGCAGUUAUUAUGCAUGGCUGUUGUUUAAUGAUGAAUAUUUCUAUUUAGCCUUUUUUGUGCUUGAAAAUAGAAAGACAAUGAUUUUAAUUUCAGUAUACUCAAAAAUACAGAGUUUUGGAGUCUGUCAAGUCAGAUUAACUGUCUGGUAAUACAUAAAGGCCCAUUGGCAUUUUCAAUUUUGGACUCAUUUUUUUUUUUAACUGGGACUCGAUCACAGGUUCUGGACUGGGACUAGUGAUUUUGCACAAGAUGAGUCCCAGGACUCACCAUAUAAACUAUUUGUAACAAAAUCACUGUAUAUCAUGAAGAAACAGAAAGAACACAAAAAUGUAGACAUGGAUACAGCUAUUCCUGUACUAGGCAAGUUCAACUAUCCUAUUCUGUUCAGUUUGAACAUUGUCCUUGAUGAUUUCUCUUUAAGUACCAGCUAAUACCACACCUAAAUAGUGGUUCCACUAUGGGGUUCCCAACAGCUAACUGAACUGUGACCCACGACCAAGUUUAACGUGACUCUCUGGUACCAUACUGUCUUCUUUAUUUCAUGAAACUGUGUCUUGAAGUGGAGCAAAGUUUUGUGUCAAUGGAGUGAAUACAAUCAAUUUUCUGAAUCAGACACCUGAAUUUAACAGCAAUCACAGAGCCAUAGUGAAUCUAGAGCUACUGUAUUAAUUGCUAAAUUUACAUUCCUAUAUUCUUAACUUUACAAGUUUAUCUUUUUUUUUAGGAUAGAGACUUUGGCUUGGCUUGGGUAUGGGUCAUUGGAUAUAGUGUUUUUUUUGUCUUGGCAAGUUCUGUUCCAGUUGUGGUAAGUGCGAACUUGUUUGUCUUAAUUUCAGAUUUUGACCCCGUUUAACAAAGUGCACAAUACGAUUUUUAAAAAACCCCUGAAUGGUCCCUUUAUUCAGAUCCUAAUUCUUAAAAUCAGUGCAAGACUGUGUAAAUGCAUGACACCACAAACGUUAUUUCAUAAGUUAUGGUCAGAUCAAUUUUAUACAUACUGUUAUCAAUUAUAAUAGUAUGACUUCAUUAAAUGAAGAAUGAUCGUCGCAGUUAUGUACGCAUAAAAUCUCUUCAAAUUACUAACAAAAAUGUAAUACAUUGUGUUUUUUGAUUAUCGUCUUUUAGUAUUUCCGUCCUAAUUCUGCUGAAGGGUCAGGUAUACCUGAAUUAAUUGGGUUCUUGAAUGGUACAGUCGUGAAACAUAUUUUCAGUAUCAAGACAAUGCUUAUCAAGUUCUUCUCCUGUGUAUGUGCAGUUGGUGCAGGCCUUCCUGUUGGUCCAGAAGGACCUAUGAUUCAUUUGGGGUAUGUAAAUCAAAGAAAUCUAGGAUAGUUACAUUUUGCAUAAUCCAAAAAUUAAAUUAAUAUUCCACAAAUUUAAUUAGUCAAGUAAUAUUAUAGAGAUAUUAAAAAUUAAUGGUACAGCUAAAAGAAGUAGGUCUUGUCUGUGAUGGGGUGUCUCUGUGUUGUGUUUCUUUUUAUCCCAGAGUUGCAUCUGGGGGAGCUUCAGCCUAGUCCCCAGGCGUUUUCGGCUCGGUCAUUCCUGGACUCUACCAUAAGCUGUGACGUUACCAAGAGAUACUCGUUCUCUCGCUCCCUCUCUCCCAGACUUCGCAUGGACAAUGGAUCAAGAGAGAACGCCUAUAGGGACCAGGAUGGGGGAGCUUUAGAUUUUACCAUGUUGCCACUAUUCCUAAAAAUUAAGUAGAACCUCCCUUCUUAUUUUCUAUCAAACCUAAUGAACACCCCACUGUUUCUAUAAUAAAUAAAAGCAAAUGUAGAGGCAGAUGUCUAAGAAGUUGUCCCAACACUGGACCUGUAUCCUCUCUCUAAUUCUGUUUUCAUUGACAAUAAUACAUACAUACAUGUAAUGUGUAACCCAUUGCAUGGAGAUAUGUUCUUUUAUUUAAACCAUCCCAUACAUUUGGCAUUAUCAUAUUGGUAUGUGUUGACUCACUAAUUACAGUUUAUAUAUUUUUGUUUGUAGGAGUUUGGUUGGUGCAGGCCUGAGCCAGUUCAAGUCAGACACCCUUAAAUUUCAGUUGCCAUUCUUUGAAAGAUUUCGGAACACAGAAGACAGGUAAGGAGCUGCUGCACACCUUUGAUACAAAUUUUUCUUUCUUUUCAUUGGCCAAAAGCCCACCACGCAGUGCUGUCAACUCUCCCAGAUAAUCCGGGAGACUCCAGAUUUUGUACCCUAUCUCCCCAGCUCCAGAUUAGAGUCUGAUAUCUCCCGUGUAAUCGCCAAAGUUGCUAUUUCUUGUAGAUUCGACUUUCUGACCAUAAAAAUUAAUUUCAAAUAUUUGCAUUUUUUUGAGCUUCUGUUAGCAUGGAACAUUUCCUCAUAAAUUCUUGUAUGCCACUGUGAUUUAAGCAAUAAUGUGGCUAAAUAUGAAAUGUUUAUGUGCUAUACAUGUCGAUCGGAAUCAACAAACAUUUUUGGAACAAAUGACGUUAUUUGUCGUGCGAUAUGAUGUCAUCUAUCAUUUCUCAAUAUUUGAUGAUGUGGGGGUUGACAGCCCUGACCAUGUGACCUGCAAAUGACUACCUACAAUAAAGGUCUGCUCAUGCGUGACGUCGUCCAACUGACGUGUUUGGCUGCAAAUGAUAUUCUGCUCAUGCAAAAAUGAAACCAUGCUUUUUUCCUCCUUGGGAUCGCUCAUGCGUGAAAAUGGCAGAUCGCUUUGCUCCCCAAAGAGAUUUUGAUUAAAAAACAAACUCAGUGAUCGAAUGUGUCUUGCAGAUCAGUGUCUCACAGAUCAAUUAUUUUUGUGCUCCCCACUGAAACAUCAGGAUAUUUUUCGAUUACCAAGUUCAAUAAUAAUAAUUGUCAAUUGUUUAAGUCUAAAAGAUUAAGUAAGUUUUAGUGAUGUUAAGUGUAUCAAAUCCCUUUUACCAGGCGUAACUUUAUUUCUGCUGGUGCAGCAGCAGGUGUGGCCUCAGCGUUUGGGGCUCCUGUUGGUGGUCUGCUCUUUUCUAUGGAAGAGGUGUCUUCUUUUUGGAACAUGAAAUUAUCCUGGCAAACAUUCUUUGCCUGCAUGGUGUCAACAUUCACUACAGUAAGUAUAAUAAAUUUACAAAUUAUGUCANAAACCAUGCUUUUUUCCUCCUUGGGAUCGCUCAUGCGUGAAAAUGGCAGAUCGCUUUGCUCCCCAAAGAGAUUUUGAUUAAAAAACAAACUCAGUGAUCGAAUGUGUCUUGCAGAUCAGUGUCUCACAGAUCAAUUAUUUUUGUGCUCCCCACUGAAACAUCAGGAUAUUUUUCGAUUACCAAGUUCAAUAAUAAUAAUUGUCAAUUGUUUAAGUCUAAAAGAUUAAGUAAGUUUUAGUGAUGUUAAGUGUAUCAAAUCCCUUUUACCAGGCGUAACUUUAUUUCUGCUGGUGCAGCAGCAGGUGUGGCCUCAGCGUUUGGGGCUCCUGUUGGUGGUCUGCUCUUUUCUAUGGAAGAGGUGUCUUCUUUUUGGAACAUGAAAUUAUCCUGGCAAACAUUCUUUGCCUGCAUGGUGUCAACAUUCACUACAGUAAGUAUAAUAAAUUUACAAAUUAUGUCAUUUUCUUUCAUACAUUAGAAUGCAGCAGGACACAUAGUUUGCUUGUCAUCUCCUGUUGGGUGGAAAACUUGCUUGUACACUCAAGCUUAGGUCUAGCGAAAGCUCUCCUAAGGAGACUCUUGUAAUUGGACUGCUAGCUCUUCUUUCAGCCGCCUUCAUAAAUCCCUGGUUCAAAUCCUAUAAAAACUCUGUAUUUUUACAUUCCUUCUGUAAGAAGCCGCGGACAUGUUUAGGGUUUAUUAGUUAGAUUUUGGCUUUGUUUUUUAAGCUGCCAGUAAGAGAACACCCGAAAUAAAAUCCUAGUCUCCUCUGAAUCUUGUACUUUCAUAAAUUAACUUUAAAUCACCGGUCUUUAAAAUAAAUGUGCGGUAUAUCAGUUUCUGUGAUGGUUUUCUUACAUACUUUUUUUCAUGGUUACACUUCGAAAGACCACUUGAAUUUUAUGGUGGUGACUAUCUUGCAACAUUGUCAGUACAACAGUAUUGCCAAACAGUAACAAACAGUUUUGUUGCAUUUUCAAUGUUUAUUUGUAGCUGGGUGGGCUCCCAAAAGUACGUGGCCAUUUAACUCCUUCACCUCUAGUGGCCGCUCUGAGAACCAUUCUUGUACAACAGGUAGCCAGCCUCAGUUAUGGGCACCUUUUUUGUCGUCCCAAGGGCGUCCGCAAAUGAGAGCUUCCACUGUAUUUAAUUUUAAGGUCCAAGAGGGGCGUUUAACAUGAUAGGUGUUUUAAUGACCAGAGAGGCAGUUAUUUUCUUAACUGUAAUAAGCUCAAGAAGAAUUAAAUAUUAAUUGCUUUCUGUGAAAGCAUCAACAGUGCACAUAAAUGUAGACUACCAGUAGUCCCCCAUUUUUCCUCAGAGAUAGUAGAGCGAGCGAAACGCGACCGCGCGUGAAAAUCACCCCACGCGAGAAAAGGCGACACAUGGCGGGGAGAGAGAAAAAUGAUUUUUCUCUCUCCCCNUUUAUGUUAGACUACGAGUAGUCCCUCAUUUUUCCUCAAGGAUAGUAGAGCGAGCGAAACGCGACCGCGCGUGAAAAUCACCCCACGCGAGAAAAGGCGACACAUGGCGGGGAGAGAGAAAAAUGAUUUUUCUCUCUCCCCGCCAUGUGUCGCCUUUUCUCGCGUGGGGUGAUUUUCACGCGCGGUCGCGUUUCGCUCGCUCUACUAUCCUUGAGGAAAAAUGAGGGACUACUCGUAGUCUAACAUAAAUGCAGAAUAUCCUGUCUAUCCAUUGAAGAGCCAAAAUUAGUUAACUCAAAGUUGCCAGAAACAAAACAGGCUAUCAUAGAUUACUUUAAAAAGAAUCAAAUGAACAUGUUGCCAUCUUACAAAAAAUUGCGUUUCUAUUCCACUUUUAAGAGUGAUGUAAGUAGUUCAGAAUAUUUAGACCAAUAUUGUUAGUAUAGGUAAUAGCAUAAUUAAUCAAAAGUAAGUUAAGUUUGAUCGUCCGGGUGAACGUAGUCCUGAAUGGGACUGUUGUUGACAGUGACUGACGUUUCGCCAACCCGUGUGCGGUAGUCAUCUUCAGAGUCAAAGUGAGUUGUAUCACGUCAGUUGAUGGUAUUAUAUUCUGGUUAUUGAUCUGAUUGGUCAAUUACGUCGCGAUGUUAUUGGUCGUCUGUAAGUUAAGCCGUGAUGUUAUUGGCUAUGAAGACUCAUAAUCAGUAAUUGGUGCGUUUCGAUCCGUCUUUUGUCACAGUUAAACAGUCGUCUAUUGUUAGUAAAUUGUCAGUUCUCCAGUCGUUCUCUCAUAGUUAGUUUUGCUUGAUCUCGUCAAUAAGUCGUUUGUAAGGCGCUGGUAACUGUUGGCUACGAUUCAGUGGUGUUUGUUUUAAGUUAGUAAACCAGUUUUCUAAAGUAAGACGUUGAUAGUAGUCUGUAGAAUACGUUAUACAUGUCGCAGAGUCCCAGUCAAUUUGAUGUUUCGACUGGAGAACUGAUGUUUCGAUACAAAUUUUAUGCUCAAAGAUAGGGGGACAGUGCAAAGUAAACUUUAUUAGAUAAAAAUAAAAACUUCCCUUGAGUUGUUGGUCACCCUGAAAGAGUGAGAUAUUAAAAUAAAUGUCUUAUUUAAUUUUGCUGUUAUAUAGGUUUUGUUGAAUUCAGCUUUGAAAGGAUUCAAGUAUCAAGGAGACUUUGGAUUGUUCAAAGCUGAAAAGAACAUAAUAUUUCAGGCAAGUAUCGUGGUAAAUUAAAAGUAUUUUUUCACACAUUUAAUGUAGCCAUAAUGUGGCUGUAUUAGUGUAGUGUAUUUUGAUAUACAAGUUCAAACAGAAGCACAUGCCUUUUGUUUGCAUCUGAGUAUGGGUGGAAUUUGCUGCAUGAUCUGUAUUUUUACACAUCUCCAUCCCUGUAAUGGUCCCCAGCUUUAAGUGCGCCCCAAUCUGAUAUGUUUGUUUCAUUGCAGGUUAGCUACGACAUUGGUGUAAACAUUCUGGCAUUCAUACCUACUGUUAUUCUCGGCAUUAUUGGUGGACUGUUGGGUGCUGCAUUUACAUUUAUUUAUUUAAAGGUACAAUAUGUAUGUAUGAUAAUGAUCGGUUGCUGAGAACGCUGUAUCCCUUUUAGCUUCUGUAAAUGCACCGUCUUAUGGGUACAGCUGAUUCAAUAAAGGUUGCUUUGGGCAUUGGGAAUUGCGCAUUUGGAAGGUAUUGUUUGGUGUUCACUCAAGCAAAGGAUUAAAAAAAAAUCAUUGCAUUGUUUCCUAUGCCCAAAUGGCCAAUGCCCCAUUGCCCGGGGGUGGGGGCUACUUUAGGAAUUUCUGGGUGGGGCUGUGCCGCUGGGACCCUGGAACCCUUAACCUAUACCAGAGCUAGUUCAGCUGAAUUUUGCUACCAUAUACUAGAGUAAACUCCCCAAAUCCCCCCUAUCCUAGAGUAGCUGUUUUCCAGAAACUACUGAGGUCACUAGCAUAGUCUAGCCAAAACAAAACCUUUUACCACAAUCCCUAGUCGUCUAGAUAAAAUCUUCAACCAACUGAUCAGUUUCCUGAAAAAAAAAUACUGUAUUCUAGACCCAAACACUCUGAUUUAUAAACCCUAUCCUAGAGUAAACUGCUUGAAAACCAUACCCUUCAAAGCGGCACAUACCUAUAUAGCCCAUAUACCCCCCUGGGUCCAAUUGUCAAUAACCAAGUACUAAAGCAACCUUUUUUGAUUUAGCUGUAUACCAAGGAGAAAAUUGAACUACAACUACCUGAUUGAAAAAACGUUGUCGCUUUAAAAGUAUCAACCAUGAAUGAUGAAGCUUCAAGGUAUUCGUUCAUUAACACUUGGCAUAUAUAAAGUUCUUUCAACAAAAGUUUACAUUGUCACAAGCUGCUCAUGCAGAUGCAAAUCCUUAGAAUACUUUGUUUAAGGCAUGCCUUGUCUUUUUGUCUUCUAAGAAAGCUUUUAGGUCCUAUCUCAUGAUUUUCAAGUGUGGCUACACUCUUUAACUGUAGAGAUCUCUUAUGUUCCUUGCACAGGCAUAGUUGUGAGCUUAUCGUUAAGAAAGCCGGAAACUGUUUGAUCUUUUUGGAAUACACUGUCGGGAAAAGCUUCGAUAAUGUAAACUUUUCUGGAAAACCUUUAAAUUUGCAAUGCCUGUAAAGUUCUACCAUAAAUCCAUUACGUCCCAUCGAUCAUGGCUUUUUAUAUCUUUUCAAAGCAACGUUUCUUCAAUCAGUUGUAUAUAACAUGCUUGAAGUUUAUAGUGGUUGACAUUACCUUCAUUUUCAGUUGUUGGUUUUUAUCAGUUCAGUAUGUUCAUAUGGGUUGAUUGCAUUGAUUGUUCUUGAAGAUUGUAAGGUUUAGACGAUCACAAAUUGGCAAAAUAAAAUCCGUGCGGUGGAGGAACGUAGCCAAGAUAUCUGAACCAGUUCUUAUAAUGGUAUGUGCCUAACAUAACCUGCAUUAAUAUCUAUUAAAAUAUAAUAUAAACUUUUAAUCAGCAUUUCAAUCAAAAGAGUACGUAGCUUCUCUUCUUUCUUUCUAUGGGUGUCUUGCAUAAAGAAGAGUGGGAGGCAUCUCAAUAAGUCUCGGAUCAAUUCAGGUUUUUGGGAAACUGCCCACCUAUCCCUCCCCUAAGCUAACAUUAACACUUUCUUCUCACUUAGGGCAAAAUGUUGGCUUAGGGUGAAAAUGGUGCAUUGUAUCAGCAUAGAAAGUUGUCUUUUUCAAGUUCAAAUAUGAAGCCCAUUAGUGCAGGCUAGAAAAAAGGGUGUUUGUACUAGACAAUUCCCCAGUGUUAGCUGCAAAUUACUGCUCGUAUUGUGUGCUGCGCAGCUCCACUUGCAUUAAACGUGGAUAAACGUAAGUAAUCCCAGGUUGUUUAUUGUACUGCAGAUUAUAAUCGGUACAGCUUCUGUAUUUUUGCCUGCUGCAUUCCCUUGCACCUCGUUUCAGAGCAGUUUUACCUCUGAAGGGUAAGUAAGUAAGAGACUAUUUUAUGCGGGUGACACGUAACAGUAACUAAACAUUACUGAUCAACUUAUGGCCCUCUAAAAAUAUAAAAAUACUUUAGCAAUAAAUUAUUAUUUACGAUAAACAAUUCCUAGAAUUCGAUAAAAAUAAAAAUGAAAAACUAUUAAAAACGAAGAGCAUCCAAUAUCCAUCUAUUGUCAUUAAUUUAGGUCAAACGACCCCUUUGACUUCUGAGAAUUUAAAACUAUUUUCCAUAAUUCAGCCUUAAAGGAUUUCAAAGACCUUGUUUUUAGUGAUCGUGACUUGUUUUUAGUAUAACUGACUACCAUUUAUCCUUUUAAAGGCCAGUUCACAACGUUUAAUAUACGCUUCAUUAUAAAAGGGGAUCCAGCUUAGGUUGUUAAAUAAUGUUACUGUUCGACUUGUGCGUUGUGCUUCAAGUAUAAUACGUACCACCCGUUUCUGCAUACGGAGAACUCUCUCAAGUACCUCUUUGUUGCACGAAGUCCAUACUGUGCUUGCAUACAUCAGAGGAGGUUUAAUUACUGCGUUAAAAUAGAUUAUCCUUUGGUUUUUCUUUAAGUAGGGGCUAAUAUGGCGUAAAAGGCCGAGUCGCUUCGAAAGUUUGAUGCAGAGUUUAUCGACAUGCUUUUCGUAAGUUAGAUGUUCAUCAAUGAUCAUACCAAGAAGUUUAUGGUUUGCGACUCUUUCAAUUUCUGCGUUAUCCGUUGUUACUUCCAGUUUUCCUGUAUCUUGGACCAUGCGCUUUCGUAGGCGCUUCCCCGUUACCAACAAAGCUUUAGUUUUUUGCAUAUCCAUAUACAUUUUGUUCUGUCUAGCCCAUCUCUCUACUUCACUCAGGCCCUGUGACAAAGAUUGAUUUAGUAAUGGCAGGGUUUUCCAGUUUGAAACUCAGCGAUAAGGUGGUGUCACCUGCAUAAUGUCCAUAGUUGACUUUUGGACGUCGAGGGGCAUAUCGUUGACGAACAAAAGGAAGAGCACCAGACGUAGGAUUGAUCCUUGUGGUACACCUUGCUUUACCGUCAACUGGUUAGACGUAGUUUUCCCGAACGAAAUGAACUGCUUCCUCUCAGACAGGUGGGAUUUGAACCAGGCAACAGAAGGAGGAGUAGCACCGUAGAUGGACAACUUUUUUAAAAGAAGUUCGUGAUCAAUCACAUCAAAAGCUUUUCGGAAAUCUAUAAAAACCAGACCGAUCACUUCGUCAUUGUCCAUGUUUUUAAGAAUCUGAUCCGUGAGUCUGAUCAAGGCUGUUUCAGUUGAGUGUCCUGACCUAAAGGCUGAUUGCAGCUCGUAAAAUAAGUUAUUAUCGCGUAAGAAAACAGAGAGAGAGCUGGCCACAUGCUUUUCGAGAAUUUUCGAAGGGAUAGGUAAAACCGAUAUGGGGCGAUAAUUGUUGAUAUCAUUUCGUACUCCACCUUUGUGCAGUGGUGUGACUUGAGCUGUUUUCCAGUGGUUAGGAAAACUGUUUGUCGAUAUUGAAAGAUUAAGUAAUUUGCAUAAAGGAUUUGCAAACACAGGUGCAAUUUUCUUGAGUACACGUACGCUUAGGCCAUCGUAACCAGAGGCCUUGUUACUAGAUAUUUUAUCUGUAAUGGCAAUGGUUUGCGUAAUCGUUAAUAGAGGAAUGUUGUAAACCGUAUCUACGUUUAAUCUUGAGUGAACAAAGUUUUUCAGCUUUGUGUUUUCAAAAUCUACGCCAGCAUCGUUGUUAUUACCUAUUUGUUCUAGGAUGUUAACAAAGUACUCGUUUAGCUCGUUUGCAAUGACAGAUUCCUCGCUGACAACUUCAUUUUCUGUAGUUAUUUCGUUGAUACGAAGUUGAGGUUUACUUGUCCCUCUUAACGAUUUCAGAGCUUUCCAAACACCUUUCGGGUUUCCUUUGUUCUCGUCGAUUUUCUCACGAAAAAAAACUUCUCUUUGUUUUUCUAUGUCUAUUUUCUAAGUCCUUGAAAAUUGCAGUCGGUGCUGCAAAGUCCUUUAAUUUCAAUGCUAACUUCAUAGUUUAAGUAGAACUCAAAACAAAAAGGAGCAAACACAGAAAGACCUUCAGGAUAAAGUUACUCAUGUUGUGGAAGAACCUGAAAAGACAGAGUCAAGGCUCUUUUUUGCACUGAAUGGAGUCCUUGAAAAAUAGGAAAUGUGUCCUUGAAAAGUCCUUGAAUUUUUUGUUCAAAAAAGAAUACGAACCCUGUUGUAAGAAAAAGUGAGGCCAGAAAGUAGAGUGCAGAAAAAACAAAUGAAGCUCUUGGUUAAGGAAACAGAGCGAUAGCAGAGUCAGCACCAGGCCUCUAUGGACUCUCUCUGCUUGUCACUGCCUGAGGAAACAUCGUUCUCUUUAAUUUUAUUAACAAGGCUGACAUUUCACAACGCCUCCACUGGUUUCUCCGUGAAAUGACGUCUGAGAAACAAGUGCAGAAAUUGUAUACUGAUGACGUCACUAUCUAGAUCUGGGUAGUACUUUUGAUUGGCCAUCCCCGCAUGGGAAAUUUGCUUCAGCCAAUCAGAAGCACUACCCAGAUCUCCAGUGUGGAAUAUCUGCACUGCUUUCUCAGAUGUCAUUUUGGCGGGGAAACCAGUGGUGGCAUCGCGAAUGUCGGCUGUUUUCUCAGGCUAGUCACCGGGCUUAAAAUUCUUCUUCACAUUCAUAUCAUCGUCAACUUGCCACCUAGCAGUUUUCAGAAUGUUUGAAACAUGAACCUGAGCUGCCACAGGUUUCUUAAAGCUCAGCAAUAGAGCAUCUGGACUAGAAACAAGAAGGUUAUCAAGGAUUCGACUCUAGCUGGCAGAACUCAACUUCAACUUCAACGUUGUUCAUUAAAAAUGGUAUUACAAUAGACUGACCGCAAGAUAGCAAUUGCUAAUGUAGAAGGCCCAGUUAAAAGAAAAAAAUAAAAUGAAAUGAAAGGAAGAAAAAUAUUUGAAGUUACAAUAAUUCUUAUUUCUAUCAAAGGAAUUGACGGAGAGCGGAAAACAUAUAAUUUUAUACAGAAAUACUCAACUUUUAAUUCAGCUUUUUUAAUUAUCAACGGCGUAAUCGAUAUGGUCAUUUUGUCUUUUUAAGGUAUGGGAAAGCAAUCUGUGAAGUACUCUCGUAAAUUCCUUUUUAGGAAGAUCUCUAAUAUGACAAGUUAUCUCAUUCCAAAGUUUUACGCCAAAACGAGACAAGGAGUUUUUGUGUAACUCAGAUUUUCUUCUGAUUCCUCUCUGUCACUGACUGAAGAAAUAUCAUUUUCAAAUCCAUCACUGAUCACCAUUGACCUUGGUUAAAUUAUCUAGGCAAAUGUGCACCCUCGCAAGCCCGUUGCUAAUGCUCCAUCUGUUGUAAAUAAUAUUGUCCAAGGAACAUGACGUUAAAUCCUGGUGAAAAGUGUUUGACAGGCAGUCAGCGUCCUAUGCUCACUGAGAGAGACGUCAAGAACUACACCUGUCCUGUAGGAAUCAUUAGAGUCAUCAAUGGAACAGAGUUUACCAACUCUUCCUUUAACGAAGGUAACCAGGGAAUGGGCGAAGGGGUGGGGGUAAUGGAUUUGGUUAUGAGUGAAAACAUUUUCAGCAAUUGAAAUUUUUCAAACGUUUUCUAUAGUUUCUAGUACAUUAAAUUUCUGGGCGUGGCGUUUGAGCACAGUCUUUCAAAGCGAUAAGAAGAGAGUCGCAGUAGGAUCACUUGAGCCCUUGACGAUCUCGUAGCCGUUGCCAUCGCCGCCAUCGUUGCUAUAGCUCCAGACGUUAAAAGCUCCGUCUGAUAUAAGAUUUUGUGUGCAACGGUACCCUACCUUAAAACACUUUACGUUAAAUGGACGUACCGAGGUUCCGUUAAAAUCAUUUUGGGGACAAGUGGGCGGUACAUUUGCGUUGGAGAAUCCAAAAAAGGAAUCAACCCAAAGACCAAAAUGUAAAAAGGAAGAGUAACUCUCAGACAUUGAUGGCACUUUUCCAUUCCCCACCCCACUCCCCUAAUUACUAGUGGUAGCUCAUGGAUGUCUAUCGUGGUUUCUAAUCAUUGUGGGAUGUAUUUCUUUUCUUUUUCUUUAGUUGCCACGUUGUUAUUUGCAACUGGAGAAAAAGCCAUUCAUCGCUUGUUCUCCAGGAAUACGCCUGAUAAGCUGGGAUAUGCGUAUGUAGCAAUAAUUCUCUCAACGCAACCUUAGACAAGACAAUUAUAAGUGGCCUCCAAAAUCUCAAAGUUGUAUGAGUUUCCAAAAAAUAAUUUUCCCAACGUUGAAGCUUUAUAGAACAAUUUUCUCUCUAGCUAUAGCGGAACAGAAGCUCUCCUCUUUUAUCUCAUUUUGUAGUUGUUUUUUUUCAACACUUGAAAAAACUUUUGAAAAUUAGUUCUCCCUUAAUCAUAGUAACUUCACAGCUGUUUUUCUUUCAAGCAGUUAAACUACUUUCGUUGUGAAUUUCCAAGUGUUCCUCGAGAUUGAAUUUGGAAUGUGCCAUUCUUGGUUUUUAAAUGACGUCACCAAAAUUCAAACUAGGAAACUAUGGCUUCUUCUGAGCUUCUACUUUCAUUUGGUACUAGAGCACCCUAAAGCCUUUAUACAAGCAAAUUCUCGGUCUAAAAGGGUUCUUCGUUUUGCGAUACAGGACGCUUUAAUUUCCAGGCUUUUGCGUGACGCGGCAUUUAGCUGGCGGCCGGGAAAGUUCUUAUGUUUGUUAAAAACCUUACGGAUUUUGGGAGAUUUCGCUGGCUAAACAUAAAUAUUACUUUAAUACUUUUGAGUUCCUCAACCGAACAGUUUAAGCAUUAGUAGGGAAACUCAAAAACAGACGUUUCUGUUGAUUUCCGGCGGCCGUAUUUGUGCUCCUGAAAGGGACACAAACAUGGCGUCUCUAAACAAAGCUUUAUAAAUUUAGGUAAAAUGUUUUUCCAAAUAUAUCGCUUAUGAAAUAUUACACAGACCUGAUUCUUGGCACUGAAGGCUUUUUGUAUAUUUAAGAGUGGACUUAGCUAUUGUUUCUGAUGAAAGGAAGACAAAUCUCAUAUCUGAUUUUGAAAAAUUCUGUAAAACAAAUGGCACCAUCAUGAUGGUAAAGUACUGUUAAAAAGGUUUCACUUGCGUAGUCACAGUCGACACCAUAAUUUUUUCGCCACUUACUAAAAAGGUAUAUUUAUAUGACAUAUCUUGAUCAUUAAAUCUAGUGUGAUUGACGUUUUUAAUAAUAAGCAAAUAUCGAACGUUGUUAAUGGAUUUUGUCUCUUUUUUUUCAGGUCGCUGUUUACAGUUUUAGUAAUCUACUUUCUACUAGCGUGUUGGUCAGCUGGAACUGCUAUCUCUAGCGGUUUGGUCGUGCCUAUGUUGUAAGUACAAUUUCUGUGCGUUCAGGAUGCUUGGGAAACCUGUGUUAUGAUCAGGAAGGGUAGCCUGAAGCCUACAUGUACGAUGCAGUUGUCUAAAGAAACUGCCACAUUUGUCAGCUGCAAAUGUGGCACAAUUGAAAGGCUGCAAAGCAUAAGUCAAAAGUUACUUCAAAUCUAUGUAAAGGCAGUCGUUAUUAAGUUUUCUUUUCCUGAUAUUCGUUUUGUUUUAGCUUAACUAAACAUGUUUUGUUGGUGUUAGUAGGGCUUUUUAAGUGUUACUAGAUGUGUUAUCUUACUAAUCAAGCCUUUGGCCAACUUGAGGAACUCGUGGAUUGCAUACACUUAUUUUCCCGCGCUUGGCAUUGAUCCGCAGCUAAAUGUUCUUUUCUUUGAGUUCUGAUUGGUUAAUGGCACCGUUUGCAGCUGUUGUGAUUGGUCAUGAAGAAUUAUGCAGAUCGAGGGCCGAUGUGGAUAACAUCCUCCGAGAUCUGCAUAAUUCUUUGUAUCCUACGAAAACCGAAUUCAUUAAUUGCUUUAUUAUUCAUUCAAAAUAACUCCUAGUUUAAAAACAAGCUAAAACAUUCAUACCUUCGUCGAUGUUAAGUUCACCUCGAUAGUGCAUGAACAUAAACAGGAACGUAGAUUUCUUGGAAUAAUUAUUCACGAAAACCUUUCAUGGAAACCGCGCAUCACUUCCAUCUGUGAUAAAGUCGCUAAGGUUAUAGGAAUUUUGUCUAAAUCGAGACGAUACUUACCCUCGGUCACUCUGAAAACCUUAUAUUAUUUCUUCUUUCUACCUUAUAUCAACUAUUGUAAUCUCAUGUGGGCAUCUACAUAUGCUUCCUACCUUGAACCCCUCUAUCUACUCCAAAAGAAAGCCAUUCGAAUUAUCACCUUUUCUUUUCCAUGAACACGCUCUAAGCCUCUUUUGUCGAAGCUUAAUAUUUCUUGUCUCCAUUCUCUCUACAAAUUCCAUGUUUCUAGUUUUGUAUUCUCACACUUUAAUCGCCUUCUACCUGCCUCUCUUUCCUCGCUUUUCCACUUUAAUUGUGAUUUUCAAGGUUAUCUAACUCGUUCUCGUUUUAACUUGCAUAAAAUGUCCGUCAGGUAUCAAUUUGCUAUUAGUUCUCAAGCCCCGAUUAUUUGGAACGAUAUCCCCGUGACUGUCCUUGACAGCCUUACCACUACUAACUUUAAAAAUAAACUAAAACUUCUUUUUUUAAGCCUGAAUUGAACUAGCGCAGGAUCCUCAUAUUUUAUUGUUAGUUGAUUUGUCACUAGUUUUGUCUCAGUUAUCGGACUGCAUGCGUGUAAACAUACUUAAUUUCCGUUUUGUAUCUUGUUUUAGUUUUGUAAUUUAGCCUACAGUCUUCAUUUCUACAUAAAGUAAUUUCUGUCACGCUGACCACAGGCCGCAUAAGCCCCCGGUUUCGGCUUUACUGAGUUUGUACUAUAGAGCCUGUGCGAGGCGACCAUGUUGGAAGAAUAGACAAUAAAUGAAAUAUUUGCAUAAAAAUGAAUUUUUUGCCCAGAGGAAAAUCGUGUUAUUGUUUUACUCCUCCAACAUAGCCGCAGCCCACACACUCUAUGUGAACGAUGGAAUAAUCAAGUUAAAGUUAAGGUUUAGACAAUAAUUCGUCGUGAAACGAGUAAUAUGUUCCGCCGACUGUUCGGCCAUUUUUCUUUUCAAGAACAACUCAACCUCGUCCCCAGGUCUGCUCGGUAAACAGUGCAUUAGGCUGCAACUGUGCUGCACUUUUGACGUCAUCGGUUGAUUAAUCGCAAAAUUCUUCCAAAUUUGGUCAACAGUAGCUUUUUAUGGUGAAUUAUGCGUGUGCUUUUAGCCUAUCAGAAACGAAGAAAUAUUUGGAAUGAAUAAUAAAGUACUUUAUCUGGUCACCAAUUCACGCAGAGAUCUAAUCUUUUUAGAUUUAUAGGUGCGACGUAUGGACGGAUUAUUGGAAGAGCUAUGGUUGACAUGUUCGGUUUUCACUCAACAGGUGUGUGGCUUUUAAACGAGUGUGCUUGUUCGCGCCAACUUGAGAAAACAAGAAAAUGCAUAGCCUGCGAACACAGCCGCCUUCCCUCUCAUCCCGUUGCAGCGAUUUUUAAUGCAACUAAAACAAUAGAUGAAUCACACUGCCGACAGAGCUUGCCUGCGUCGCAGACCAUGUAAAGGAAUCGAGAUUCCGGAAUCCGGGAAAUUUUUGCAUUUGGAAUCCGGAAUCUUGGAAAUUUUUGCUUGUGGAAUCCGGAAUCCUGGGCCUUGGAAUCCGGAAUACAGGUGUAGGAAUCCGGAAUCCCACUAACAAUUCGAAUCCGGAAUCCAAGUUCCCCUGACAAAGAUCUGGAAUCCAGUAAUCCCCAUUCCCUUACAUGGGGCGACUCUAAACCUUCUGUAUAGAGCCUGGUUUAGACGAGUGCGUGGGCCGGCUACAACGUAGACUACGACAGAGCCUUCGUUUGUCUUUUUUUGCCCUGCUGGCAGGAUGUAGAUAAAUUGGAUGAAUUAAAUGGAUCAUGAUACGUUUCUGGGAAACUGCCCACCUACCCCUCCCCUAAGCCAACAUUAAGACUUGCUUCUCACUUACGGCAAAAUGUUGGCUUGGGGUAGGGGUAGGUGGGCAACUUAUAAUGAUCGAGUUAAAUGAACUUUACGCGAGCGACUCUCGUAUGACGUACAAAGCAAAGCCAGUUAAUUACGAACUAAAACUAGUUAGUAAAAUCCAACUAGUGGUCUAUUAUCAAUGCUGCGUUCUGAUUGGUUGAGCUACUACUAGGCUAUAUGUUAUAGCCCCCUAGUAGCGAAAAGCGUGGGCUUUUUGGCGGCAAAAAAGGAUUAAACUGUAGCUUUUAACUAGCUAACAUUUUUUGAUUCUCGAUAUUUUUGACCAACUAGUUGGACUUUACUAAAACAAUUAUUCCUCUCGCCCUCAUGGCCUUCGAGUCAAUAGCCCAUGAGGCCGAAUGACUCAGAGCCCAUUCGGGCUCGAGGAAUAAUUGUUAAAUAUUCUCUUCAUUCUGACUGGCCAAGAGGACGAGCCUUUUUGACUCGCUGGGUUACACUUGAUUGGAAAUCUAGCGAAGCUUGUUUUGAUCGUUUUAACUUUUCCAUAAACGGAUUAGGGAAAUAAAAAUCUUACUUUUGUCAAUUAACAGGACAUUUCAUUCGUUGACUAUGGCCUUCGGGACAGCUGUUUGCAUUUACAAGAAGUCCAUUGUGCAAUCCCUAAAGAAGUGGAUUUGAAAGUAAUCGUAUGUUCCGGCUUACUUUGUAUUUUUACAUCAGGUUACUGGGCGUGGAUGGAUCCAGGAGCCUUUGCGCUUAUCGGUGCAGCAUCAUUUUGUGGUGGAGUGUCAAGACUAACCGUUUCAUUAACAGUGAUUAUGGUAAGUCAAAAUAUCGGGUUAAAAGAACUAGAACAGUCAAAACUGAAAAGAAUCGGCUCUUAAUGAGCGAUUCGUUAUCUUUUAUUAUUAUUUGUUUAGUGUAUUUCUCCGUUUCUGAUUGGCUCAAAUCCCUCGGCUAAUUCUUCAUGACAAGUUGGCGUUGACCAAAUUUGGAAGAGUUUGUAAUAACCAGGAAAAUGACAUCAGCAGUACAGAAGAUAUGGGGACGAGGUUGCGUUCUUUUCAUGUAGCGAACCUAAUCCCUUCAAUUUAGAACAUGAAGAGAUCGACGUUUGAAUCAAUGGUCCAACAUAUCCUGAAUUUGCGUCGACCUUUUAAUUAAAAUCGAGUGGCCCACAUGGGAAUUUCGACCGUGGAGUGAUUUCGCUUCAAACGUCUAACUUCUCAUAUGCCGAACCUAAUGCAUAAAUUACUAAAAUUUAUUUUCACUAGUAAGCAUUUUAGACCAUUGUACAUUGUGAAAAUGAAUUUAGUCCAACUAAUUAAGUUCGACGUCUGAAUUAACCGUCGACCUUGUAUCAUUUGGGUCGACCUAAAUAGGUAUUAAGUUCGGUACAUGAAAAGAUCAACGUUUAAACUGGGCAUUAGCUGCUUUGGUAGAGCUGGAGAAAAUGGCGGAAAUGUUGACACGUUUUUCGAACAAGAAAUAGCCAACCUACUGCUAAAUGUUUUUAAUCCUGCGGAAAAGUGCUAGCAUCAAACCACUGUUAAGAAUAAAAUCUCUUACAAAUUCGUUGGACUUUCAGAUGGAGAUCACAAAUGACGUCCAGUUCUUGUUACCGAUCAUGGUCGCCAUUAUGGUAGCGAAGUGGGUUGGUGACUUUGUCACUCAUCCUCUUUAUUAUGCACUGCUGGAAUUAAACUGCAUUCCCUUCCUUGCUGAACCUGUUAUUCUCCACAAGGGAUCACGAGCGUAAGUCAUUAUAGUCGAAUGGCUCUCAGAUUGUCCCAGUUUUUUUCCUCCCACGCAUUGGCUGGUUUUCAUUCGGGAGCUUAGGUUAUAAAGACGUUUUAAACAACGCACGUUUGUACACCGGAAAUGGACUAUGUGGAUUCAUGAGCAGUGGUUUUGCCCAAUAAUUCGGACCAAUCGUAUGUGUAAGAGUAAAAUAACUUAGCAAAAAAAGUUGAAUAGCGUCAAGGCAUAUUAAAAGAAAACUUAAGGCCUCGCAUUCGGUUGACUUGCGUGGCUCAGGCAACGCCUUUGCUUUAGUUCCCUGUUAGUGAACUUCACCUUCAAACGACACAUGAUCGUACUCAGGUCGCUCAGUAUUCUCGUGUGUUUCCCGCGCGUAGCUAUGACGACAUUUAUUGCUUUAAGUUCUGGCCGCAAUUGUUCAAAAGCUGGUCAGCACUAUCCACUGGAUAAAUCACUGUCCAGUGGGUAAAUAUUAGGGAACCUUAGUUUUUCUUCAAAGACUAUCCCUAUGAUAUUUUUGUCACAGUUUUUUGCAAAGUAAGCUGAUUUUCCGGUAGCACAAACCUUUUAUAGUUGGCCAAAAUCGUAUCAUUUUAGAUUUUCGUUUUGUUGACUCAAAAACACUAAUUUUACAAACCAAAACAUUGAUCACGUGACAUUUUAUGACGUCACAAAGCUGUUUUCAAGGUUUUGGCGCCGUUAGGAAUUUGUUUGUUCCUUUAGCUUUCGACAGUAAAGAUGUGUUAUUUGUAACUUAAAUAGCAAGGGCAACUUGACAAUAAAACUCUUAAAUAUAUUUACACUUGAUUUACAAGGGGGUACCCCGUUUUUGUGGUACCAAUUUAUCCAAAUUCAGAAUGUCAAAUCUGAGUUCAUAUUCGAGAUAUUGGUAGAAAUUUUUUUCAGCUUUCAACUUCCCUUGAAUAUUUCUAUCAAAAACGGUUUAAAAAUUGAGACGUUCAAAAGUUUAAAAAGUACGUAUGAAUGACGUCAACAAAUGUGACGUCAUAAUUGGACAUUUGGUGUCAUCCUAUAAACCAUUUUGAUUGGCUUGAUGUUCCGUAUUUUCGGGCAAAGUUUGGUAAGGAAAGGGUAUAAGCUAACAAAGUCAUUCUAAAUUAACCAAAAUUACCAUGCUUUGAUAAGUCCUUUGGGGGGUGGUUUGGCCCCACCGUGCCAGACUCGUACCCAGUCGCUAUUUAAGUGUUUUUUAGGAUGAGAGAAGACUGGGGACUAGGUUGAGGCGCGCGCGGGGUCUAAAUGUCCAGUGGAUAAAUAUUAGGGAAACCAAUUGCGUUAUACAAUGGUUAGAGAUUUAUCCAGCGUAUAGCACUAUCCACCUUUUCAACAACUGGGGCCUGAUUGAUUCCUUGAAUUUUCUGAGUUUGCUUUACAUGGCUGAAGUCGUGAAUUCAGUUUUAGAUUGGUAGUUAGAGAUUUGGUUUCAGUUUUAGACAUUCGGUGAGGUUUUAAAUUGACUAUGAAGGCAACACUAAGACGAAUACCACUUAUAAACGAGUCUCGCUCUCUCAAAUCCAUCUGAAAUUGGCCAUUCGCGAGUUACCCAAAGGCUCUUGUUUGAAAGCUCUUAAUAUGAAAAUAAGGUUACAUUCCCAUGAAAAUAAAUCUCAUUUUCGCAAAAAAAGGCAUUGCAAGUGAGAGUUUUUGGAACUCUUGUUAAAGUUUGUGAUUCACGUAAAUUUCCGGGUUGAGAAUUUGAGUUGCGAAUUCAAGUUCAUAAAGGCAAAGGAAUAUCAACAAAUGUUGUCAUGCAGAGAGCGGGACUUAAAUGUAAAAACCAACACAAGGCAAUGCAUUGAUUUACUCAUCAAUCACGUUUUUGUUUCCUUCUUCGCACCGUGGUCCCCUUUGUUAUUAUUAAAGCCUGCUAAUCAAAAAUCUUCAUCGACUUUUUUUCUUGUAAGCAACUUUCUUUGCUCUUUUAGGAUUAACUUGGAGUUGUUAAAAGCUGGAGAUGCUAUGUCGUCGCCGGCCAUUGUAAGUUUAACAGAAUUAACUCAUACUUUUUUAUUAUUUGAAACCGGAAGUUGCUGUAGAAAAAUUUUAGGGAGUUUCAUGUCUGAAAAAGGGGAUUAAAAAUACCAGAAGUUUAUGCAGAAAUCCAAGGGUCACGUUUGUUUUAAGACUUUCUUUGCAUUUUAUUUCCAAAAGCAAACGGAUCAUUUUAACGUUUCUGGGAAACUGCCCACCUACCCCACCCCUAAGCCACCAUUAACACUUACUUCUCACUAAGUUCAAAAUGUUGGCUUAGGGGUGGGGUAGGUGGGCAGUUUCGGCGUCCUGAAGUGAUGCACUAAUCAGCGACCAUCCCAUGGACACACGCGGUUAGAGUGCGGCUUUGGUCCAGUAUGGUUAGGAGCGAAUCACUUAAUUGCAUCUUUCAUAGUGUUUAAGAAACUCGAGGAGACUUUUGGAAGUAUAGACGUACAGCUGGGUCCUCUUCUUCGGUGCUUACCUGAAGGAUUCAAUUCCUCGCACGCUCAGAAACUAAAUCCUUGAAGUUUGCAUUUUCGUCUUUCAGGUUGUUCACAAAAUCGAGUCAGUGUCUCGACUCACUCAGCUUUUGCAAGAUACCCGUCACUGUGGGUACCCUGUGGUGGUGAAAACCGACAGAGGGGAUGAAGUGUUCUCAGGUUUAAUAUCUCGGUAAGUAUUUCCUGUCUAGGGUAAGUGUACUCCUUCCCUGUAAUUUCCUCUAACCUUCCCACCUGCCCAAAUUCUCCCCUCUCACUGUUCCCUCCUCACUUGCGUUACCUACUGACAUCUCUCUUUCCGCGCGCGUUACGUGUCGGCCGUCCUCCAAGGACUAUAGCCUUGUCGUGAGCCACUUUUUUUCCUGUAGCUAUGGGUGAGAGGGACUGAGUUUGACGCACACAAAUUUGGGUAACCUGCGCUAGCGAAUAAUGCACGUAUAGGCACAGCGCUGUACAUGUCUGACACCGCAAAUAAGAGGUUUUACCACAGGUAGCCCAAGCUCGAAAUAUGAGCAUCGGCGAACAUUGGCAUUGUUGCGUAACAUUCGAAAUAUAAGGAUUUUGUACCUCCUUCCUUUGAGGGGUGCAUAGGCAUGUUGUAGGUAAAAAAGGAAAUUCAGGUGAAAAAAUUGUAACCUAGGUUGAUUCUCGAUAUUCUUUUUUUCUAACGUAAAUUAUUGCAAAUAGUGAAAGGGAGACAAAGGAAGCUGAUAAUUUAAUUACGACGAAAAAAUUAAUCAAAAUUUGAUUUUUUGACUUUCAACACUCACACUCUUUUAGUUAUUUAUAGUCCCUUUAUGUAACACAAAAUUUAUUUCGUUUCUAAGGUGGCAUAAUAUCGCCAAUGUCCAUUUCUGUUGUUGCCUUUUAGAAACGACAUCAUGGUUCUUCUGUCUCGCGAAGAUAUAUUUUGCUUUCGAGAGAAUCUAUCAUUGUACCAAGAGGAGUCGGACAUAAACAGGCUUGACUACAAACAGGUGAGUGCGGCUGUUUCAAAAUUUGUUGCUGUCGUUGUUUGAGGUUAAGAAGAGAAGCUUUUACGAAAGUGUAGUCUGCACAGUGGAUGAUAAUUAAAGUUGUAAGGCCUAUUUUCAUGGAGGUGGGGGACCCCAGGUAGGUGAAGUAACCCGCUUAGGUGGGGUGAGCCAGCCUGUUCAUAUAAUCUCUCAUUUUAAUUUGAUCACGGUUACGUGAUAGGUAGGGUGAUCAUAUGAAAGAUUAUACAGACAGGCUGGUUACCCCCCCCCCCUCCCCCCCCCCCUCCCUCCCCCACCCACCCACAUCCCACCACCCCAACCACACACCUCACCUCAAUCCCCUUCUUUUCACUUUCAACUAAAUAUAAAAAAAACGACAUAAAUAAGAAAAACUUUACUAAAAUGUAAUAUUAAACUUGAAUGCAAGUAUAAUCGUACUGUCAUCGUUAUAGAUCUCGUUUUAGGUGGUGAUAAUUUAAGUUUUAAGGGCUUUUUUGAGGGGGGUGGGGGGCCCCAGGGAGGGGGAGUAACCCCGUUAGGGGGGGUGAGCCCGCCUUUUUAUAUAAUCUCUCAUUUUUAUUUGAACACGUUUUCGUGAUAGGGAGGGGGAUCAUAUGAAAGAUUAUACAAACAGGCUGGGUUCCCCCCCCCCCCCCCGCCCCCACCUGCAUAUAAACAGCACCUUAGAGUAAAAUCCCAAACGUUAAUCCAACCUGUUUAGCGUGUGGUUUAUCUAUGAAAUUAAGAAAAUCACACGGCAUCAGUUGAGUAAAAUUUGUGUCUAAUGGAAGAGUUCUCCUGGUAGUCUUUUAAACGUUGCCUGACACGAUUUGGCCUGUGCAUGUGCAUCCAGGGUUAAGGUACGGAAGAAUGUGUACCAAAAACGUGCAACUUGUUUCGCAACAUUGCUGCAAAACGAGUCGAAUAGCGAUGUUGUGCGUUUUACCACCCACUAAUCAAACCUGUCUUGCAACAAUUAGGUUGUUGCAGGUUGCGAAAACAGUUGUUAAAGAAAGUAGAGAGAGGUUGCCCGUUCUUGUUGCCCCAUUUACCGUAGCUUUAGUUACCUUGACAACUCAUAUGCUUUCUUCGCCGUCAACUCAGGAUCAUAGCUGACUGGACUUGAAAAAACUUGACCCUGAAUGGAAUUCUGGCGGAAGUUUUAUGUGAACUCGUACAAAAGAAAUCGUACCUGUUGUAUCCUCUUAAUAUAUAAAUUGAAGGAUUGCUAGUUGUGAAACUACAACUGAAAUUAGCAUGAAAGAAAGCGCACAACUAGUCGACCAAGUGCUCCUUUAUUCACUGCCCGUGAUGUAAGUCUACACGAAGUGUAUCUCGCUUACCACUUCAUGUAAUACACGACAGCACCUCUUGUACGCAAAAACACUGAGCUUUCUCUUUUUUUGUAGAUGGACCAAGGAUACCACAAGGAUCAUGCUGCUCGAUUGAACACUCAGUUAGAUCUUUACGCGGAAAAUCCCCGUUACCAGAAUUUGUUCAUCAAUCUAGUAAGAAGCGACACUGGUAAAAAGAAAUAUAGUAUUUUCCCCAUGUAGCAAUAUCAAAAGUUGGGAAGAGGUGAGUUAGUGCCGGGUUUACACCUCUCUCAUAUUCAGGCCACACAGUAAAGUAAAGGUCAAGCAAGUCAAAACAAGAACUCUUUUAAAAACGUCAAGCCUGGCUUGGGUGGAAAUUAGAUAAGAACUGAGGGGGGGAUUGAUUUUACACAAGGCAGGGUUUCCUUGCUUAACGUUUUUUACUUCCUACUUUAUUUUUAUUUUGAACAAUAUUUAUUCAGGGAUGCCCAGUUCAGUGAGGCUGGUUUAAAUGGGGCCCAGAGGAAAAGAAAAAACAACACAAAAGACAAUAUCAGACAAAAAAUGGAACAACUAAGUACAGCAAAAGUAUUGGAGGCUGAAUUUGGCUUGGAUCUAAAGGGUCUUUUAAGGCCAAGUCCAAACUUAUAUAAAUCAUGUUCGCUCCUCAGGGCCAGCGGGACAGAGUUCCGAUCUGGGAGGGUUGUCCAAUACUGUCCACUAGAAUCCAGUCGUAUCCUCCCUCUUUCCAUCGGAAAACCGGAAGUCUAGUGGUGUAACGUCCUACCAAGUGUAUUGGAUCCAUUGGACACGAAUAGAUUCCGAUGGAAAAGUUCAUUUUCUGUUCGUGGGAGACUUAGAAAAAUUCCACUCAUGUUGGAUGAGGGGGCGGAAAAGCCGUUCCGAUGGAGUCCAUCUGAUCCAUUGGAAACGAAUAGAUUCCGAUGGAAAAGUUCAUUUUCUAUUCGUGAGAGACUUAAAAAAAAUUCCACCCAUGUUGGAUGAGAGGGUGGAAAGUCGUUCCGAUGGAGUCCAUCGGAUCCAUUGGACGCGAAUAAAUUCCAAUAGAAAAGUUUAUUUUCUGUUAGUGAGAGACUUUGAAAGAUUCCACUGAUGUUGGAUGAGGGGGUAUAAAAGUCGUUCCGAUGGAGUCCAUCGGAUCCAUUGGAAACGAAUAGAUUCCGAUGGAAAAGUACAUUUGUCUAUUCGUGAGAGAUUUAGAAAAUUCCACUCCUGUUGUAUGAGGGGGUGGAAAAGUCGUUCCGAUGGAGUCCAUUGUAUCCAUUAUAUUCGAAUAGAUUCCAAUGCCUGGAGAGAUACAUUUUCUAUUCGUAACGGCAGGUCAAAAAUUGUCAUCAUGUUGAACGAGGUGGAAAAGAUGCGGGUUCAGGCAUCUAGUACAACAAGAGUGUCCAAAGGUUUUAUCCUCAUAUUUUGAAUGAGGCUCUUCUUCUCUUCCUUACUCUCUUUUAAAAAUGUUCUUGGGCAACAGAGAAUAGAUCUCUUUAACUGGUAUGUUGUGGGUGCGUUCCUUUGGGAUGAUCCUAAUCGGAAUCAUUGAUCCAAGAGUACCCGGAUCAUAGCACAUUAAAGCCUGGUUUCCAUAUGCUCGCUACGAUACCUGCGAUCGCUGAGAAAAAAAAAGUUCAGCAAUCGAAGCGAUCAUAGCGAUCAUGAAAAUGAAAAUGAUUUUCAUAUGAUCGCCGCGAUCGCUGAACUUUUUUUUUUCUCAGCGAUCGUAGCGAUCAUAUGGAAACCAGGCUUAAAUGAAUCGUUGAAUCCUAUCACAGGGUGAAUUAGACGGUUCCUUUGAUGUGCUAUGAUCCGAGGGGUCUGGGAUCACUGAUCCUGAUCCUGAUUAUCUCAGAGGAACGCACGACAGUGUACGUCAUGUGAUAAUACUCAAGGAACAAAUUCCCCUGGGAGCUUCAUUGGGAAAAAAAACAUAAGCUAAAGCGGUCUAUUAAGAGAUUCGAUUAAUCGACAAACAAAGAGCAGAUAGGUUCUGUAGAUGUAUAGUGUACUCCUUUUUUCUUAUUUGGAUUCAAACUGAUUUAUAUGCAACUUUUUGUAUCGUUUGCAGUCACCUUAUGUGAAUCAUUCCGCUCCCACGGUACAAGACACGUUCUCUCUUCACAGAACCUACAUCAUAUUCAGGACACUGGGUUUGAGGUAUGUCUGUCUACUGAUGAUACUGACACUGACAAUGACUUCAGCGAAUUUUAAGGACGAUACCUUGGGAUACAAAGCUAUUGCCGUUUAGUAAAAUUCAACUAGUGGUCUAUUAUCAAUGCUGCGUUCUGAUUGGUUGAGCUUCUGCUAGGCUACAUGUUAUAACCCACUACCAAAACAAUGGCGGUUGAAUCGCGUUUUGCUAGCUAAAGUUGUUUUGUCUCAAUACUUUUGAGCAACUAGUUGGAUUUUACUAAAACAAUAGACCUUUGUCACGCGAGGGCCAUUUUGUCUCAAAAGAUUUAAAAAGCUUUGUUUAUGGACGACUAGCUUCGUUCUCUCUACAAGGCUAGCCGUGCAUUUACAAAGCUUUUUAAAUCUCCUGAGACAAAUAGCCGCCGCGUGACAAAGGUCUAAUAUUCCUCUCGCUCUCAUGGCCUCUUAGUCAAUAGCCAAUUCGGCCUUCGGCCUCGGUGAACACUUAUUCCAUCCGCCAAACUGAGGUUAGGGUUAGGGUUAAGGUUAGGGUUGUUGCUAUAGAUAUUCAAAUCAAACCAGAGGCGAUGCUCCGAGAUCGAAUCCUACUCGUGCCAUCUUAUUUUUUCCCUUAAAAAUUGAAGAGACUUAGACUUUUAUGAACAGAAAUUUCAAGUAAGAAAAGUGAAAUGUCCUGUGAUAGCCACUGAGAGGAAAAUGUCAGUUUGGCGGAUGGAAACAAGUAACAACCGCCGGCCUCAUGGGCUACUGACUUAGAGCCCAUUCCGGAUCGAGGAAUAUUUGUUAAAUAUUUGUCACCGUGGCCAGGCAAAUUGGUGUUAGGGUGGGGCUGGAGGGUGGGACUGAAAAUAAUUAAGAUGAUAUCCAAACAAGAAAGGACCUAAGUUAUUUCACAUAUAUACCAAUAAAUGGUAUCUUCACAAAGAUGUAGCUAAGUUAUUUCUGAAAACUGUUUUCUCCUUUAGUAAUAAAUUUCGUUCAAUAUAACGUAAAUUCUGUUAAUGACCACGCCUGUCGGCAAGAACACUGCGGGGGCAGAUAAGCUGUUGUUGACUAUCACUUGAGCCAUAGACUGUGAACGGUCUAUUGUAAGAUCGUCGAGAUCGAGCGCUUUGCGUUACGGGGGCCACCUUGGAUGAGUGUCCAAUAUACUUAGGGGGAGUGGGACCGCCACCGCUUGAAGCCCCGACGCCCGCCCCCUUGGUACAUAUAAAACCAAGAUGACCGCCGGACCGGUAAGCGCUCGAUCCUGACGAUCUUACGAAAAAAUAGGGGACUGUAAACAGUCUACUUGAGCCAGUGAAAACAGAGACGGGUGCGACCCACUUUUUUAACCUUCUGUUACCAACAGGCAUUUAACAGUCGUUGACGAGAGAAACAGGUAUGUUGUAGUUUCUUUGUGGCUUUUUUCCGUCGUGCUUGUUUGCUUUAAUGAAAAAAAGUCGCUGCUCGCUCAUGAGAUGAAACUACCGUAACGACAACGGCAGUAACAGCGGAGCUCUCACGCGCGCUAGCGCGCCAGCGGAGCACCAAGGGUAAGAAAAUUUGGUAAACUAUCCAUCUGAGAAAAUUUGGUUGUGACGUAGCGUACGAACGCCGACCGUCCGUACACCCACUUCGUGUAAGCCGGUGCUAAAUGUCAGGUUAUUUUAUUUGUGUUGUGAAGCAGAGACAGCGAAAGAGUCAAAAACGGAAAGCGGAAAAUGUUUUUGUAUCCUGUUGUCUAAAGUGUUAAGUUUAGAUUAAUUGUCAUGUCUACAAAUUUGGAAAAUAGAGAAAGAGAAAGACAGAGAAAAACGGAGAAAGUAAGGCGACAGGCCAGCGAAGCUCAACGAGAAAAAGAGCUAGAGCGAGAUAGAAAAAAAGAAAGGAGACAUUUUUUGUUGGAGGAACAACAUGAAAUUUUGUAGCGGCGGUGAAAAAUAAGAAAUGCUAGCGGCCACCUGGGCGAAAAUGAGCGACACUGGAAAAAAAAUGGACAAGAACACGUACGACAUUUCCUCCAUAAAACGUGUAGCCAGGAAGUUUCUGGAAAUUUCUCGUUAUAGUCGUGCAAAGCAACGGCAAAGAAAUGUACAAAAAAAGUGUGCUGCACGUGCAGAGUUGCUUUUUUGCUAAUUAGACCUAUUGUUCUGUUUUCACCGUUCUCGUUGCCUUCGCCGCAUAGUAUUUCGCUAUUUUACAUUUUGUUUGAGCAAACUAUAAAUCUUAUCGAGAGCUUCGCUUUUAGCCCUGGCUAAAUCUAUAUAUUAGUGUCACAAGUAAAGUGAAUUUUUGCUCCUUUAGACUUCUUCGCGAAUCCUCUCUUGAACUCGCUCAGCUUGUCAAAGUAGGCGAAUUUCGCUGGAAUUGCAUAGUAAGGGGGAUCGCUCCAACUUCAAAACGAGGAAGAAUCCACCUCUCUUUAGUUUCUGAGCUUUUGUGAGAAUUGCUUUGUGUGAAAAAUACAUAAGUUCUUGAUUAAUAAUUCCUUUAUUCUAGGGUCAGGGGAAUAAUAACCCGCAAAGAUCUCAUGGGAUUCCAAAUGGAGAAACGUAUCCGUAAAUCCCUUCACUCGUCCCGGAACCGCGAAAUGCAGCCACCGAGUUCGUCACAAGGGCACCGGCGAAGCAUGGACGCUUAAAGUGAGUUCGAACCUGUCACCUCUCUUGCUUAUUUGUCGAGCGUGUUAUUUGGCCUAACUUACCUCCAACGUACCUAUCUCAGUUAUAGAAUUCUUCACUUUUUAUGAGGAAAAUAAUGCGUUGAAUACGGCGUUGAAUUCUGACAGAUUUAAAUCUAAAUCUAAAUGUCUGGUCUGCAAAGGGCAGUGCAGCCCAUCUUCAGCAGAUAUGUGCUGUGCUCGUGCUCUGUGCGCUAAAAAAACAGUGCAGUGAAUUUGUGCUGGUGAUAUAAAAAUAAAAAAUGUUCAAAUGCUCAAUGGGGCCUGGCGUGGGCCCUCAAGGCAAGCUUGAAGGCCUCUGUGUUGGCAGUUUCAAUAAUUGUUUCGGGAAGUUCGUUCCAUUCUUUAACGGAUCUGGGAAAAAAGCUAUAUUUAUGUAUAUUAGUCCUGCAACCAGCAUUUAUAAAUUUAAGUGGAUAGUAAUUUCUUGUUUGGCGUUCCUUUGCCUGAAGUAAUUUGGAAUUUCUACUGCCAGGGUGCCAUUUACGAUCUUAUACAAGUUUGUUAAUCUUGUUUGUUUUCUUCUCUGUUCCAAUGAUGGCCAUUUUAGCUCCUCUUGUAAACUUGUGUUGGUACCCGGUGUGCGCUGAUUGCACUUCUUCACAAAACGAGCCGCUCUGCGCUGGACUGUCUCAAUUGAUUGAAUGUUCUUUUGUGUAUGUGGGUCCCACACCGAGCAUGCAUACUCCAAGUGGGGUCUAACUAAAGAAUAAUACGCCUGUGUCUUGAUCUGUUCGGGGCAGUUAUAUAGAUUUCUUCUCAAGAAAGCGGAGGGAAGAGUUCGCUUUCCCUGUAAUUAUAGCAGAUAUUAGUAGCAUAAUAUUGAUAGCAUUAGCCGAGGGAAGAGUUCGCUUUCCUUGUAAUAGCAGAUAUUAGUAGCAUUAUAUUAUUAUAUGUAUAUUAGAUACACUUUUAUCUAAUAUACAUCGGUGAUAGACGUCGCAAAAAGUUUUGGUAUUAUAUGGUAGUUAUGACAUACCUAUAAGCAAUCGUAACAGAAAAACAUUUAUAAGGUAUAAUAUGAUAUUAAUUACUAGUGGAAUUAAUCAGAUUUAGAUUUUGGUGGAAAUAUACAGUCCACAGUCCACUCGAACCCUCGCUACAGCUGUAGCUCGAACCUUGUGCUACAACCAGUUGCAAAAAUAGUUGAGACACUGUACCGUAUUUUGGCAUAAAUGGACUGUCCAUGAUCGUAUGCUCGUGAUCGCCCCUCCACCCCUUAUCAAAGUUGCUAGCAAUACAAGAUCAUGCUCAAAACUUAGAGGAACCACUUUGAAUGGGAGGGAGGAGGGAGGUCAGUACUAUAUAUCUCUCAGACCUGUGACCAGCAGCAAUUUGAAGCAAGAAACGUCGUUUUUUCGUGGGAGUGUCUCAACAUUUUUGCAACUGGUUGUAACCAAAAUCGAUUUCCCCUGGAUUUCCUUCAUACGUUUAUUAUAAUUUUACCCUCGGUAACUCAAACCCUUGAUCACUCGAACCUCCCGCUAACUCGAAGUAACAGCACUUUGUAUUAAUCAAAUUUUGAAGUGUGUAUGUUACUUGCAUUCAUUCCCCAUCCCAUUUUCUUUUUUCCAGUUAUUUGCUUUGAACUCCCGCUAACUCGAACCUUUUUCGGUUUCCUUAGAAGGUUCGAGUUACCGGGAGUAGACUGUACUUGUAUUCUUGUGUUGUCAAAAAUUUGUACGUACCAAAAUACAUAAAAUCAGAAUUGCUUUAAAGAAAAAAUGAAC